ACAGGGUCUUACCCUGUGGUCCUUAAAGAGUCAGUCAGUAGGUCAGUGUGUCCGGGUAGGUCUACGUAGUGAGGAGUGGGACCCCUGUCGUGCACCAACACCACGAUGGACGACUACUCGAUGUAUGGGUUGCUGGUUGGGUUCUCCCUCUGGGGGACCCUCUGGCGUCUCCUCUUUCCUCUAGGAUUUUGGCAUACCUUUGCGUGUAGAGUAGGGCCCACUCGAGGUGGUACCGCCACCCAACCAUAUACGAAGGAGGAGGAGGAGAAGAUAACCGCCAUCCUGCAGGAGAGGAAGGAGAAGAAGGAGGCAAAAAAAAAGGCCUUGAAAGAGGAACAGGCGGCCAAACUAAAGAAGAUGGAAGAAGAGAUGGUCAGGGAGAAAGAGAGGUUGAAAAAGGAAGAAGAAGAGAAGCUGAAGGAGGUGGAUGAAGAAGAGGAAGGACCGCCACUGCAAAAGAGUGGGCAGCACAGCGGCGGCAGCAGUGAUAAGAUGGAGAAGAAGAUUUCGGAGUGGGUCGCCAACUUAUCCCUGGGUGAGGAGGAAGAGGUUGCUAUGUACAUCCCCAAGGAUGAGCAAGAAACCGCCAUGAAGAAAUGGGAAGCAGAAGAAGAUGUUCUGACGCGGCGGGCGAUGGAGGAUGAACAGAGGAUGGCGUGGAAGCUCGCAGUGAUGAGGGAGAAAAAGAGAAGACUGGAGGCGGCGAAUGCAGCAAUGCAAGAACUAACGGAGGAGAUAUCCGUGCGUUCGAUGCGAACGGGAUUACGGGAUUUUGCUCGCGAACUAGUAGGCGCUGUGGGAUCCGAGGUGAGUCAUCGCCUCGAGAAGACUCAGCGUUUUUGUGUCGGAGCCAUCGAAGGCGUCAAGGUGGCCGCUCCCAAGGAGGAGGAGGCCCGUCCUCGCAGGGAGCCAGUCAAAGUCAAAUUCCCUGAUUCCUACAGUGGGAAAAGGGAUGAGAACUUUGACAACUGGGAAGCUAACGUUAAGACCUAUGUGCACUUGCAACAGGUCUCCCCGGAUCAGCAGGUUCUGAUUGUGAUCCACACGCUGAGAGAUGAGGUCGCCAGUUUUGCAAGGUCCCUAGUUCGCGCUGCCAACUGUAGUGAUGAUCCCGUUGCGUACUCCUCAUUUACAUCCCUCACUGAAUUCCUGAAGUUGCUGCGCGAGCGAUUUGCUGAUGUCGCUCGCAGUGUCAAGGCCUCAGACAAACUCCAAACCAUCCAUUCUUGUAAAUGGAAGAGUGUCAGGGCACUCAAGGGUACAAUGGAUGAGUUGGUGGUCGUCCCUGACCACGGGGUCACAGAGGGCCAAUUGGUCAACCUCUUUUACCGGGCUAUGCCCGAAGCCUUUCGAGGGCAGUUCUUCACGAAGAGCGAAGAUCMURCCACCACUUACRAUUCCCUUAGCCGUGAAGUGGUGGCUUUUGAAGCGAAGUCCRUGUCCCUGUCWACCUUCUGGCACAAGGACUUGGACAGGGGAAAGCAAUGGAAAGGCCGCACUAUCUCAGGGCAGGUAAAGACUAAGGACAACCUUGUCCUGACUUUAGAUGAAGGUAGUGUGGAUGAGAUCCCCUUCGAUCAGAUUGAGUGGGGGCUAGAGGAGGAGGACAGCGGUGUGGGCCAGGGGAGAUCCUACGCUGCUGUCGCGGCUGGAGGGAGGCCGCAAGGAGGAAGAGGCCAGGGCCAAGGAGGCCGGGCCUCAGGGAAUCGAUUCCAGGGCGAUCAGGGGAUUGGCGGCAGAGGAGGAAACCGCCAAGCGGGAGGCAGGGGUCAAGGUCCCUCGCAAAACCGUCCUAGGAAUAGGUCUCCCUAUAGAGUAGGAGGAUGGCACCCAGGGCUGCCUCAGGAGGACAACCUCCCGUUUGAUAUAGUACUGGGAAUGGAUUGGGGAGAGGCAGCCGGGGCAAUGCUCCAUCUGAAGGAGCACGAAUGUAGACUCCCUAGUUCUGCAGGCGAGGCUAAGACUGCCCGUCUGUUUCAUGUGUCAGGAGUAGAGAAUUCCUUGGCACAUUGCUGUCUUAGUGCCCCUGCGUUCGCCAGAUUGGUGAAGAAGGAGAAAUUAGAGGAACAGGUCUUUGUUGCCUAUGUUAGGCCCGUCACUGAGCCUACGAAAGAGAAGCCGAUGGACCCUGCGAUUGCCAAGCUGCUGGAAGAGUUUAAGGAUUUGACUGAGCUGCCGACAGGCACGGUGCCGCGGCCCAUCCAACACCGUAUUGAGAUAGAGCCUGGCAGUAGAACUCCUAAGGGUGUGGUGUACAGGAUGUCCCCGCGGGAGUUAGAGGAGUUGCGGAAACAGUUGGACGAGCUCCUUGAAAAGGGUUGGAUUAGGCCCAGUUCGUCUCCUUUUGGAGCCCCUGUUCUCUUUGUACCUAAGAAAGAGGGAGAGCUGAGGAUGUGUAUAGACUAUAGGGGUCUGAAUGCCAUUACAGUGAAGAAUGCUGAGCCACUGCCUAAGAUAGACGAUCUCUUACAUCAAGUGCAGGGGGCGAAGUAUUUCUCCAAGAUAGAUUUGAAGUCCGGAUAUCAUCAGAUUGAGGUACAUCCUGAUGAUCAGUACAAGACGGCCUUCCGGACUAGAUAUGGGCACUACGAGUUCAUAGUGAUGCCCUUUGGACUAACCAAUGCGGCAGCUACGUUCCAGCGCUGUAUGAACGAUUUGUUUAGGCCGUGGUUAGACAGGUUUGUUGUAGUUUAUCUAGAUGACAUUCUAGUGUUUAGCAGGACCCUCGAAGAGCAUCAGGGUCAUCUCAGGCAGGUCUUGGAGAAGUUGAGGGAAGCUAACUUCAAGAUCAAUGCAAAGAAGUGCGAUUGGGCAAAGACCCAAGUUCUGUACCUAGGCCACGUCUUAGACGGAGACGGCGUUAAGGCAGAAGAUAGCAAGAUCGCAACGAUUAGAGAUUGACCCACGCCACGUACGCUGACAGAGUUGCGCUCAUUCCUGGGCCUAGCUAACUACUAUAGGAAGAUCGUAAGGAACUUCUCCACCAUCGCUGCACCCCUUCGCAGAUUGCUGAAAAAAGAGACAAUCUAGAAGUGGGACAAGGGCUGCACGUCUGCCAUGAAGAAGCUAAAGCAGGCAUUGAUAGAGUAUGCGGUCCUUAAGGUCGUCGAUCCGUCCUUGCCUUUUGUCGUUACUACGGAUGCUAGCCAGUACGGCAUAGGCGCAGUGUUACAACAAGA